UUGCUGACUCAGUCAAUGGACAGAGUGAAUCACACUGCAGUGUCUGAGUUUGUAUUCCUGGGACUUUCCAAUUCUUGGGAUAUUCAGCUUCUACUCUUUGCAUUUUCUUCUGUGUUCUAUUUGGCAAGCAUGCUGGGAAACUCUCUCAUUAUGUUCACAGUGACUUCUGACCCUCACUUACACUCUCCCAUGUACUUCCUGCUGGCCAACCUCUCCUUCAUUGACUUGGGAGUUUCCUCAGUCACUUCCCCCAAGAUGAUAUAUGACCUUUUCAAAAAGCACAAAGUUAUUUCAUUCUCUGGCUGUAUCACUCAGAUGUUCUUUAUUCACUUGAUUGGUGGUGUUGAGGCAGUGUUGCUUAUAGCCAUGGCCUUUGACAGAUAUGUAGCUAUAUGCAAACCUCUCCAUUAUCUGACUAUUAUGAGUCCAAGAAUGUGCACAGUGUUCCUGGUGGCUGCUUGGACCAUUGGUUUCACCCACUCAACUAUCCAAUUGGCUUUUGUUGUUAAUCUCCCAUUUUGUGGCCCUAAUAAAUUGGACACCUUUUAUUGUGACCUUCCUCGGUUCAUCAAACUUGCCUGCACGGACACAUAUAGACUGGAAUUCAUGGUUAUUGCCAACAGUGGCUUCAUGUCCUUGGGCUCUUUCUGCAUCUUGGUUAUCUCAUACAUUUUCAUCCUGGUAACUGUUCAGAAGCUUUCUUCAGGUGGUUCUUCCAAGGCUCUCUCCACUCUGUCAGCUCAUAUCACUGUUGUGAUUUUGUUUUUUGGUCCAUUGAUUUUUGUUUAUACAUGGCCACACCCCACAUCACACUUGGAUAAGUUUCUUGCCAUUUUUGAUGCAGUUUUUACUCCUUUUCUGAAUCCAGUCAUCUACACAUUCAGGAACAAAGAGAUGAAGGUGGCGAUGAGGAGAUUGUGCAGUCAGAUUGGGAAUUUUAGGAAAAUCUCUUAA